AUGGCAGACCUAGGGAUGUCCCAAUCUGCGCCCACGAGCUACAGCAAUUCAGUGGUCCACUACAGCUCUGGAUUCUCCGUGUCACCAGAGCAGCAGCACGAGCCAGGGUUUCUGCUACAGACGGAGCUUUGGAGCCCCUCACUCUCCGGCACCCUCUCGAAAACCUCUACCUGGCCAACCACCGGAAAUAUGACGCAGGCAGAAACGGAUGUGCGGAUCACUCGAGAACAGAAGGUGCCCACAAAGAUCAUGAACGAUUACAGCUCCAUGUUGGUAGAGUUCUACUUCAAGGAGGUCGCAGCCCUCUUUUCGUGCUAUGACAGUCAAUUGAACCCAUUUCGGUCGACCGUGUCGAAACUCUGGAAGUCGUCGACAUCGGUAUUCUACGUGGUUCAGAGCAUGGCGGCCGCGUGCCUUACGGACGUCUUCCCGAACUUGCAUGCUGUUGGCGCACAAAUGCGUGACAAGGCGGCUUCUUGUGUAGAAGCCGACAUACGGGAUUCGAAGGUUGACACUGGCUCCCUUCUGACUCUCAUCAUGCUUGGUCUUUCAGCGAGUUGGCACCAAGCCAACGACCUAGGACAGAAAGAGUUCGAUCAUGCACGCACCAUCAUGCAUGCUAUCCAGAUGGGACAAAUCCCUUCGAUUCUUGAGAACAACAGCAAGCGCAACUUGCAAUUCUUCCAAGAGGCAAUGAUUUAUUGGGAAAUGCUUCUAUCCUAUGUCAGCGAUAUCACAAUGCCUCUGCCCUUGCCGGAAUCCCAAGGGCCUGCGCUUCCCGACAAAGCCAAAGCCAGCCAGGCAGUAGAACCAAGUUUCCCUCAUCCCUGGACGGGAGUUGCCAGAGAGGCUCAGGCUAUUGUGUUCGAGGUCGGACGGUUGGUCAGACAGGAACGUCAACGUAUCCGAAAUCGACCGUUCUUCACGUCGUUAUCGGACAUUGCUACCAGUCGGAAAGCUCUCGAGACGGCAGCAUCACUAGCUCGCAGAUUGCAGAAUCUCCAGUUUCCGACCGAGGAAAGCGUGAUUUCGCCAGGUGACGCGCAGACACCCGUCAUUCACCUGCUUACUAUUGCUGAAGCAUAUCGCCGGACGGGUCUGCUCCAGCUGUAUCGUGUCUUCCCUGAUCUCCUGGCGCCGCAAGAGCAAGACAACGAGGAUCAGCUCGACUGUCAGUCGGCCUGGAACAUGCCCGAAGAAAACAUCUACCGGAGGCUGACCGAACUUGCCCUUGAAAUUGUGGACUUGCUGCGAUCCAUCCCGACAGAGUCACGUACCCGCUGCGUCCAGCCAUUUCUGCUGGUCGCUACGGCAAGCGAGUUGCGAACUUGUUCUGCCACGGAAUACUCUAGUGGCCCAGGCAUCACUGGUGUAGAUACCAACGAGAUCUCGGGCCCCGCGAGUACUAGCAUCCAAGUGCUCGAGGCGAGAAAGUUUAUCAUCGGCCGCCUGUCGACUUUCGAGCAUGUGCUCCCAGCCAAACCAAUCCGGCAAAUGGUGGAGAUUGUCAAACACACUUGGGACCAACUGGACAUGGGUUUGUCCAACGUCUACUGGAUGGACGUCAUGAUCGAGAAAGGUUGGGAGACAACGAUGGGGUAG